AAGUAAAAAGGCCGGAGAGAGAAAAAAAAAAAGAGGCAUUGUUAUAACAGCGCAUUGUGAAGUGGAAUACGAUUUGCGCCGAAAUACCGAAACAAAGUAGAAGCAAGUGUUGCACAUAUUUUUUGGAGCUUAAUUUCUCCAGAAUUUUGCAAAAUUUAUUCAAAAGGGAAGAGGAGUUUAUGGUUUAGUUGUUUGUCUCUUAGCAUAUGCUGUAGCUACAAUUACAGAAUUGUACGGAAAAUUCCUUCAUUGAUCUAAACUGGACUAAAAUGAGCACCAAGGAACUAGAGACAUACCUAUCUGAUGUUGGAAGCUCAAAUCAGUUCGAGACAAACAGUUCAAAAUAUGUCUCUCAUGUCAAGAAGUUACUAUAUCGACGAAUGCUGGUUGGUAUAAGUGAUGGAAGGUUCUUUCUAGGUACAUUUUAUUGUAUUGAUAAGCAAGGAAACAUAAUUCUUCAAGAUGCAGUCGAGUACCGUAGCACUAGAAGAUCUGCCCCUUCUCCAAUGGAACAGCGAGUUCUUGGUCUCAUUUUAAUCCCUUCUUCAUGUCGGAAAACAUGUCAUGUGGAUUGUUCUAUUGACGAACAGUUGUCACUAAUGUCGCUUGGGCAGCAAAAGUCAUAAUUAUUCGUGGCGAUAAACUUGAUCCAAUUGGAUGAACAUCUUCCCUGUUUGAUUUAUCGUGACAAUCGAUUAUUUCAUUUUCAAGUGUGUACUUUACUGGUGUUAUAUUAUCAUAUGUUUUUCUCUUCUAGGAAGAAGCUGAUGAGCCUGUCAUCGAUAAACUUGUCAUUUUCUGUUGCA